GGCAGAAGGGUGCAAGGCACCCGAUAGCAUGGGCGUCCACGAGAUCCGGACCUGAGCGCGUAAGGGGGCGCGGAGGAAGGUGAGCCUGCUGUUCCCGGGGGGGGAGUCCCAACACCGUUCCGCGUGGCCACAAUGAUCCCUCCCAGCGGCACCCGAGAGGACAGCGUGGACGGACUGCCCCGGGAGGCGGCGAGCACCCAGCAGCCGCCCUCGCCUGCGUCCACCAGCAGCCUGGAGUCCAAGCUCCAGAAACUAAAACGAUCACUUUCUUUCAAGACUAAGAGUUUACGGAGCAAAAGUGCUGACAACUUCUUCCCGAGAACCAACAGUGAUGUGAAGCUGCAGACAGACACAGACGUGCUGGCGGAGGUCAGGACUGGCCCCAGCCCUCUGCCCACUCCUGGAAGCCUGACAUCCACACCUACCAGAGCUGGCCUGCCUCCCGGCAGUGGCAAGGCCCACGCCUUCCAGGAGCACAUCUUCAAGAAGCCUACCUUCUGUGAUGUCUGCAACCACAUGAUAGUGGGAACAAAUGCUAAGCACGGACUGCGCUGCAGAGCCUGCAAGAUGAGCAUCCACCACAAGUGUGCAGAUGGCCUCACACCCCAGCGGUGCAUGGGCAAGCUGCCAAAAGGUUUUCGGCGUUACUACAGCUCCCCCUUGCUUAUUCAUGAACAGUUCGGAUGCAUUAAAGAAGUUAUGCCCAUUGCAUGUGGCAAUAAGGUGGACCCUGUCUAUGAGACCCUCCGCUUUGGGACUUCCUUGGCCCAGAGAACGAAGAAGGGGAGCUCUGGCAGUGGCUCUGACUCACCUCACAGAACCUCUACAUCAGAUCUCGUGGAGGUUCCUGAAGAAGCUGAUGGACCAGGAGACGGGCCUGACCUGAGGAAGAGAAGCAGCAGCGUAUUUACAUAUCCGGAAAAUGGCGCCGAUGAUUUCAGAGACCAAGCAAAGAAUGCAAACCACCAGGUAGCCGUGGAAGUCACAGAAGACAGAUCAGACUGGAGUCCUCAGAACAAACUUCAGGUCACCACCCAAGGAUCUCUUUCCAAAGACCUAUUACAGAUGAACACCUAUGUUGCCUUGUACAAAUUUGUACCACAGGAGAAUGAAGACUUAGAAAUGAGUCCAGGAGACAUGAUUACUCUUCUAGAGGAUUCCAACGAAGACUGGUGGAAAGGGAAAAUUCAAGACAGAAUUGGCUUCUUUCCAGCCAACUUUGUCCAGAGAGUACAACAAAAUGAGAAGAUUUUCAGGUGUGUUAGAACCUUCAUCGGGUGCAAGGAGCAGGGACAGAUUACACUGAAAGAGAACCAAAUCUGUGUGGCUUCUGAAGAAAAAGAAGAAGAAGAAGUAGAAGAAAAUGGCUUCAUCAGAGUCCUCAGUGGGAAGAAGAGAGGCCUUGUCCCCCUCAAUGUUCUGGAAAAUGUCUGACUAUGGACCCCUCCUCUCCUUGUGCAGUUGUAGGCCAGCUCUGCUCAUCUCACUGUGUUCCCCUCUAAGGAGCUGCUACACUGACCCAGCCCCCAGGAAACAGGGAGACAAGAUUCAUGGGUCUGAGACUGGAGUGUCUGCUACAAAGCAGGGCCCAUCAUACACGUGCCAGGCUACCUGAUGUGGGGAGAAGGCUGAGACAGUGGGAGGGGGGCAGCGAUAAACGCACACCUGGUGGUAGCAGCAAGGCUAUAGCCACAGAUGUCACCAACUUGAUGCCCUCUCUGUCCACCACCUGCUGCAGUGUGCUCCAGGCUGUGGUAUGGGCCCCGUUUGAGGUUCAGAUUUGUGGAGCUCAGUGCCACACUGGCAUCUAAUCAGUGCCAUUGAGUCUCUCUACAGAGAACCAAGAAGGCCUGUUUCCCAGCUGCCAACAUUCCAGUGCUUCCCCAGGGGCCUGCUCACUUUGUGGUUGUGCUCUCCCGAUCGUUAUGUCUUUCCCCAGCCCUCCAAGUAUGCCAUGGCAAUAUGCAUUGGAAGUGAUAGCUAAGUUGACUUGCACCAUCUGCAAAGAAGAGACUUGCCCCCAAAAUUAUUAAUCAGCUGCCCUUGCUACUCUGGUAACUCACAGAGGAGACAGAGCAGGACAAGGCAUAGGAACAAUCAGGGAGAAUCUGUGGGGGUGAGGAGGGGCAGAGCUAUGUGUGUUGAAGAUUAUCCAGUCCUUGCAGUUAUAAAGCUCUUUCCCGAAGCAAAUGGAGCCUUGGAGCAAACAUGACACAUUUGGUCUUCAUUUGCAUUCCAUUCCAUCUGUAUUGAGUACAGCACUUGCCUUCCUAUGUCCUGUAGAACUCCAUUGUGGAGACUGAGCCCACCAUGAAGGGAAGCAGGGACACAGAGCGGCUCCAGCAACAGCAUCUUAGGAGAAACAGUCAACUCGGAAUCCAUUCUUCUUUAGGGUAGUGCAUUAUACACUAGCAGAUAUAAAAUGGGAAGGAAUCUCUAUGGUUUCAUGCAUUUGGGAAGCAGAGGAAUGGGGGCCCAUCUAGCAUCACCUAGGGUUGUCUCCACUGCUCUCCCCUGGCAAUGUUUACAAGGACACACUGCACAGCAGUGCCUCCUCCCUAGCCCCUCCUAACAAAUCCAAACUCUAUCCUCUCAGUCACUAAUAUGGCUCAUCUUCAACUCACAGUGACCUGGGAAUUAAUGUUAGUUUCAUCUGUUUUGUCACAGAGCAAUAAAAUCAUCAGAAUCA